UCCUUAUUUAGCUCUUAGAAAAUAUAUUUUAUAAGUAUCAUACCAACAUUUCAAUCAAAACAUAUAAUUCAAACUACUAGUCCCAUACAUACAAACAUAGCCAAGUAAUUAAACUACAUACCCAAAUCUGAUCUCAAUAUCUCUCAAGUACGAUUAAUUUCAAGGGAACAUUCAUUAAGUAUCAAAAAGAGUUAGAUAAACAAGAUGUACUUAUUUCUUAUGCGGAUUGAAUCAUUUUGAAAUUGUUAUUUCUCAAAUAUUUUCCUUUAUUUUUACAUCAGGUCAUUGUUGUAUCUCAAUCACAAAAUCAAUAAUUUUUUUGACAAAACAAAAUCAAUAAAAUUGAUAAUUAGUGAACCUAUUAAAAAGCUUAGUUGCUUUAAGUUACAUGUUUCACAUCUCUAUAGAUAGGAGAUCUACUAGCGUAGCAGAAAAAUAUACACAGCAUGCCAUCCUACAAUACUACAGUUUUAUAAUAGUUUUCUAUAAAUCUGUAUUAUCUAUAAAUGGUCAACAUGGAUUUGUGGUAGCUAUAACAGGUAUAGAGAAUAUUGGGAAAGGCUUGAUUCAUGAUGGUACAGGAUUUGUAACAUUCCCUGUGAAGUAUCAAUGUCUUGUCUUUAGACCAUUUAAAGGCGAGAUCUUAGAAGCUGUUGUGACCAUGGUCAACAAGGUAACUGUUUUCUAUUUGCUAGACUCCUCACUUAAUGAUAAGAUUAUCUUAUGAACCAUGGAUUUCUACUGCUUUACCGAUAACUGCAUUUGUGAUUCCUACAGAUGGGAUUCUUUGCAGAAGCUGGACCUGUUCAAAUUUUUGUUUCAAACCAUGUAAGUAUUUUUCCCUUUUUAAUAAGGUUUCUGCUCCAAGAGGAUAGCUAUAUUCAUCUUGUGACAAGCAUUUUCAUUUUUCCAUUCAAAUCUAUGCCCUCUGUGAGAUGUCAAUUUGCUUGGGAGUAAUGCAUUUUCUUUUUUUGUUUAUUGCUUAUGUUGUGGCUAUUGUUGAUGAAACUUGAAUUUUCUGUACCUUGAUGAAAUUUCCAGGGUCUAAGGAUUUAGUGUUUUCAUCGAGCACAUCUAUGUCCAACAAGAAAAAUAGAACUCCUUU